CACCCACCGAUGCACAGCCUUCUUUCCCCUCACUUCGCUGCUCGCUCGCUCCCUCCCUCCCUCUCUCUCCCUCCCUCUCUCAGUCGUCGUUCUGUAACCGCACGGACGCGCUCCACUUUGGUACAGCUCCUGUCCUCUCAAAGCUAUUGCUGAAGCUGUUGUGUCUCUCAGUACCUCGUGCAGCGCAUUCACUGGCGAGCGUCGGCUCUGUUCCAGCGUGGGCUUAAACUGUACACAGACAGCGGGAUAAUGAAAGAAAGGCACCAAAGAAGAAGCCAGGGUGAGAGAGGGAAUUAAAAACAAGAGAAAAAAAAAAAAAAAAGCAUCACAGAUCACAGGAGACAGUGUCAUUCCUGUGUAGAAGACAGUUUGUGGAGGACAGUUUGACUUGAUUUUAUUUUCGGAAUAAACUGAUCCUCUCUUGACACAGCUCCGGUCAAGGUGAUGAGCUCCAUAAACAACUGAGUGGAAUUCUUCCAAACCCAAGGAAAGUGCAAUUGGGGUUGGCUACGCCCGGCACAGUCGCCCCACCCCACCCCCCCCUCCCCUCGUCUUCUACACCCUCGUUCCCCCGUAACCGUGUCCAUUAGUGGUUUCAACGUGGCUCGGUUCUCAUCGCCGGACUUUAACUCGGGGGCCUGAACCUCACAGAUUGCCAAUGCUAACAAGGAACUGCCUGCUGCUGUUCCUCUGGAUACUCGUUGAAGAAGGCUCAGUCUCUUCUUUGCGUCUACCUUCAUCGCCGCCGCUGGGACGGAGCAAGACGGCGAGGGAGCACACGAGGAGCUCGGCGGGCCCGAUGAGGAAUGGGGCGGCGGGAUUUCAGCGGGUCAAGAGGGGCUGGGUGUGGAACCAGUUCUUUGUGCUGGAGGAGUACAUGGGGUCAGACCCGCAGUACGUGGGCAAGCUGCACACUGACCUCGAUAAGGGGGACAGUGCGGUGAAGUACACCCUCUCGGGAGAUGGGGCCGGCUCCAUUUUCACAAUUGACCAAACAACAGGGGACAUCCAUGCCUUAAGGAGUCUUGACAGGGAAGAGAAGCCUUACUACACCCUUCGCGCCCAGGCUGUUGACAUUAACACCAACAGGCCCCUGGAGCCUGAAUCAGAAUUUGUCAUCAAGGUCCAAGAUAUUAACGACAAUGAGCCAAAGUUCCUGGAGGGACCUUACACAGCCAGUGUUCCUGAGAUGUCACCAGUAGGGACAUAUGUGACGCAAGUGACGGCCACGGAUGCAGACGACCCGACGUAUGGAAACAGCGCUAGAGUUGUGUACAGCAUUCUCCAUGGACAGCCAUACUUCUCUGUUGACCCUAAAACCGGGGUUAUAAAGACAGCCUUGCCCAAUAUGGACAGAGAGGUGAAGGAACAGUACCAGGUAUUAAUCCAGGCCAAGGACAUGGGGGGCCAGCUGGGGGGGCUGGCCGGGACCACCACCGUCAACAUCACCCUCAGCGACGUCAACGAUAACCCGCCCAGGUUCUCCAAAAGUUUCUUUCACCUAAGAGUUCCUGAGUCAUCUGCAGUGGGAUCAGCUGUCGGACGAAUCAAAGCCCAUGACUUGGACAUCGGUAAAAAUGCAGAAGUGGAGUACACCAUUGUGCCAGGAGAUGGAGGUGCCAUGUUUGACAUCACCACCAAUGAACACAACCAAGAGGGGAUAAUCAUCCUCAAGAGGCCCCUGGACUAUGAAACCAAGAAGGCAUACACCUUUAAGGUAGACGCCUCCAACGCCCAUCUGGAUCCACGAUUUCAAAGCUUUGGGGCCUUCAAAGACACAGCGACGGUGAAGAUUAACGUUUUGGACGUGGAUGAGCCCCCGGUGUUCAAUAAGCCCUCCUAUGUGAUGGAUGUGUAUGAAGACACACCCGCGGGCACCAUCAUCGGAGCAGUAACAGCGCAGGAUUUAGACGCCAGUAGCAGUCCAGUCAGGUAUUCUAUCGACUGGAAGAGUGACUUGGACAGCUACUUUGACAUUGAUCCAGUGGAAGGAACUAUUUCCACAAACGAACUCCUGGACAGAGAGAGCAUCGCGCAGCACAAUAUCUCCAUUGUGGCGACCAAACUUAACAGUCCGGUUCUGACCAGCCGCGUGGCCGUCACAGUCCACGUAUUGGACAUCAAUGAGUUCCCGCCUGAACUCGCCAGUCCGUACGAGACCUUCGUGUGUGAAAAUGCCAAAGUGGGACAGGUGAUCCAAACCUUUGGUGCAAAAGACCAGGAUCUACCCUCUGCAGGACAGCAAUUCUCCUUCAAAUCACUGAAGGAAGAUGGAAAAAACAAGAAUUUCACCAUCCGGGACUUUGGAAACAACACAGCCGGGAUAGUGACAAAACGGAGCGGCUUCAGGCGGCGUUUACAGGAGAUCUACUUUCUGCCUGUGGUGAUUGAAGAUAAUGGCUACCCACCCAAGAGCAGCACAGGCACCCUAACCAUCCGUGUAUGCGGCUGCGAAUCAGACGGUUCCCUGCUAACUUGCAGCGCAGAGGCCAUCUUUCUCCCCGUGGGCCUCAGCACAGGAGCUCUGAUUGCCAUCCUCCUAUGUAUCAUCAUUCUCUUAGUUAUCGUGGUGCUAUACGUGGGCCUGAGACGGCAGAAGAAGAAGGAAACCCUCAUGUCAUCAAAGGAGGACAUCCGAGACAACGUGAUCCACUACGACGACGAAGGGGGGGGCGAGGAGGACACGCACGCCUUCGACAUGGGCACUCUUCGCAAUCCCAAAGUGGUCAAAGAGAACAUGUUCCGCCGGGACGUCAAACCCGAGAUGAAGAGAAGUCCCCGGCCGCCCGUCUCCCAGGACAGCGCCGACAUCCGCGAUUUCAUCAACCAGCGUCUCAAAGAGCACGACGUGGACAACUCGGCGCCGCCGUACGACUCUUUGGCCACGUACGCCUACGAGGGCGACGGCUCCGUGGCCGAGUCGCUCAGCUCCAUCGAUUCCCUCGCCGUAGACCACGAGGAGGACUACGAUUACCUCAACGACUGGGGGCCUCGCUUUAAGACACUAGCCGGGAUUUUUGGGGAACAGUCGGAAACUCAGUCGGACUCAACAACCACGGAGAACACACAUUGAUGUUAUUCACAGACUUAAAAAAAAGCAAAAAUGUAACAACGUUCUUUCGGUUGGCGUCGCACUAUGUUUGAUCAUUGUUUUCCUCCCACGUUAUCUGUUGUCAUCUCUCUCCAGCUCACUAUUUUUUUUGUUUGUUUAUUUUACACUCAUUCAAAAAAACUGUAAAAAUGAAAAAUAGAAAGAACCUGGUAACAUGAUCCGAUGAGCAGCGCAGCCGUUCAAUUACCUUUCAAUUGAAUUGUUGUUUGUCUUACAUUCUGUUUCCUCUCGGGGAAUGCGCAUACACAUGGAAAUGUUGUCAUUUCCUACAACAUCCUUAAAAGUGCCUCAAUAUAAUUGUUCUUUCACUUGCUGUUCCAUGCCACAUAUCCAGUGUUGUCUCUUAGGACCCCCAUAGUUUGAGCUGCCGAGGCAUCCGUAAGACCACCGUCGACUCUGUGGGGACAGUAAAGUGGCCCGGGCUUGGCCAAAGAUGUUUUGAAUGUUAUUUAUUGUUCUAUUUAUUUAUUGACUGAUUGGUUUCAUUCGAGUUUUUUGGGUUAUUUAUCUAUUUAUCUCUCCGUCAUCAAUCUGUAUUUUUUAAUUUUUGGAGACACUCGAGGAUUUUGUAAUUAAUUACAGCCCACGUGAAAAAUGGAUGUUUCUGUUCAGUGGGUCCUGUGAAUAAACUUGUACUAGAGUUGUAAAAAGAUAAAUUAGGGCUAAAUACUGCAGUUCAGUCAUGUAAUAAACACUGUUUUCUUAAAUAAAUGACACUUGGACAAAA